AUGUCAACAAGAACAGCAGCUACUUCUACUCCAAUAGGAGUUACUUCUUCCGGAGUGUCGACAGUUGAAACGACGAUAUUGGCGGGUGAACAGGGAGCAUCAUCGACCCUUCCAUUGGCAGCAUCAGGGGUUGUGAGUACCCCAUCGUUGAAUAGGAGUCUAUAUUCUGAAUUUAGAAGCUCCUACCAUCAUCAGUUUUAUCCUUAUUCAGGAGUCGAUCAAUCACCUGAAUAUGGAACAUCAUUAUUGAACGCAAAGCUAGGGUUGGAUCAGUGGGGUCGCAUCAAAGAGUCAACGUACAAUACGCCUCAAAGCGUCCAACAAAUCAUCAUUGAGCAGCAAAAUAAUACCAUCACUCGCAUGGUUUCCCAUAUCGCAGCAUUGGAGCAAUCCCUUCAGAAGAUAAAUCCUAAGGGAGCAGCAACACUUGAGACUCCACUUGUAACCCCUGACACUUCAAUGAGAAUACCGAUUCCCGAUCUAUCUAUGUUGAUUACUCAUGAAAACCCUUUGUUUUCUAAUGCUUCUAUGCCAGUACAAGGGUUAGCAACCAUGGGAGUAAGUGGUGUCAUCCAAACAGGAGUACUGCACCUAGGAGGGGUGCCAGAGGGAACCCCAGUGCCAAAUCCCAGUUGGUAUUACAAAGUUGAGCAAGGUCGCCCAGCUUUUAUGCCACCUUUAGGCAACUUCACAUUCAAUGGAUGGCAAUUACCUCAAUUUGGGAAUUACCACGGGUCUUUAGCUGGUUUUGGAUCAACCCCAUCCACUUUGGCAAUGAGAUGGCCACCAAGAGGGCCAGGUUAUCCGGUUGUAAGCGGUUUUACACCUCCAAGAGGGAUUGUACCACCACCACGACCAUCAGCACCACCUUUUCCUUAUAAUGGACAAAACCUUCAAGGACAAGGUUUUGAGAAUGCACAAACACAUGGAAUAUCUACACCUUUGGACGCUUGCCCCGUUCAUACUAUCUCCCAUGUUCCACCAACAACAAAUUCAAUUCCUAACACGGAUAAGAGGUUGAUUUUACAAGGGAAUCCACAAGAGAACGUGACUGGCAAUGUGCCGACUCCACAAAGGACGCCUCGUCAAGGAGCAGGAGUAGUUUUUCCUGAACAACUCACAGGGAAUCAGGAGAGAAUACCCAAGAUUUUACCAAGACACGUUCCUACGGUUGAGGAAAUGCUUUCACGUAUGUCUGAGGAUGAUCAGCGUCCUGAAGAUUACAUCAGUCAUUUUGAAUUGGAGUGUAGUGAAGUCGGCCAUAAUUCUCGGUUGAAGUUACGGUUGUUCCCGUAUUCUUUGGCUAGCAUUGCUCUUGAUUGGUAUCGAACCUUGGAGCCAGGAUUUAUACCCAAUUGGGGUACGCAGAAAUGGGUGUUUAUUCACAAUUUUCAGUGGACAAUGCCAAGAUUGUCUAUUGUUGAACUGUCGCAAGUAAAGCAAAAAGCCGGUGAAAUGGCAGAGACGUAUCUUACACGAUUUCGACAAAUGCAUGCAAAGAUACCAGGAGCUACAUUUGGUAAGUAUGAAGAGUCCACUAUUGUCAAAAUGGCAAUUUCAGAAAUCCAGGAUUUUAAGGUUCAAUUGGCGGUUAUACCACAUCCUAUCCGCUCUUUGACACAGUUGACGGAGAUGGUUCACAAUACAGAGAAGGUCCUAAAAGCUAAGAGUGAGUCAAGACCAACCAAACCUAAGUCAUGGUUUAGCAAGGAAUCAAUCACUAAAGUCAACAAUGCAUAUUGUAGUCCCUCUAAUGGCGAUGACCAAUCGUGA